CCAGCAGGGGGCGGUGAGCGUCCUGGAUGUUAAAGGAGGAAGCACCCCUUGUAAACACACUUGAACUUCGCAGAGUAAAGAAUAAGUCGUACACGCCUGUCUUCAUGGAGAGGAGCGCGGGGACAGUUUCAGCCAUUAAAGCUCUGGGGUACCCGGGCAGCCGCUGCCUCUCCCGGUGCAGAUGUGACGAGCUUCCCUGUCCGCUGCUCAGCUGGCUGUGCGCAGAGCUCAGGACUCUCUGCCCGGAGCUACGAGACAUCUCCAUUCAGUCCAUCCUUUAUUUACAGGAGCGCAGUGCUGCGCUGGCUUCGGCGCCUAAUCUUGCGUCCCUCAUCGGCUCUUCCCAAGUGUCUCCAUCUCUGCUGCUCGCUGCCAGAGAGGAUCAGUCCUUCAUUGACCCGGUCAAAGCUGGAACAAGCACCUCUGUUUACAAGACGUUGAUGGGCAGUGUACCAGACAGAGGAGGACGACCUGGGGAAAUUGAGCCUCCUAUGCCAGCAUGGACAGGGAGAAGCUCGAAAGGCAACAGAGGGGGACGAGGAGGCGGACAAUCUCAUAAGCAUAAGAAGAAGAAAGGGAAAAAAGAUUAACUUGUCCGUCUUUUUGGCCUUACUUAUCAAUUUAAGAAAUAAGCGAUCAUUUUGCUUUAUUGAAAUCCUUGUUGCGAGGUUAACUACGAUUGGGAAGUGCUAUAUAUAAUUUUGUAGUUCUAAAUCUGUGUAUAAUUUAUAGUUAUAAGUCAUGCACAUACCAGAUUGUGUACAUUUCUAUAAAAGCAAUGAAGUACUGGUACAUGACCAGAUAUUUUGGUAAAAGAGCAGAAAAUGGAAAAAAUGUUGGCUUUCCACAUUUAUCAGUAAGUUUGUUUAAGAAUAAACCUCUGAAACACA